GCAAUUUGGGGGGAAUAUUGUACCUGACAGGAAUUGAAUUUCUGCAAAAUGUGUUUCUCUCAAUGUGUGACUCAAAAAAAUGUCUUUAGAUUUUCCAGUAUGUGGCAAGCAAGACAAGUAACAGUCCAGAGCACUCCAAUAAAUUAAUCUUAAUAAAACUAAACACAAACAGUAUAAGAAUAGGAUUAAACGGACAUAAACACUUCACUUCAGACAAAUAAGAGCAAUUUUUAAAAUCUUACAUAAAAACCAGGCUAAGUAAAAUAAAUUGUACAGUAAUAAGAAACCAAAGGUUAAGAUACUUCAAAGAGAAAUGGUGAAGUAGACUUUUUUUUUCUGUUUUAAAACUUGUAUCUACAUUUAGCAUAGGUCUAACUUCUUCAAUUCAAUGGUGACAUUUUUGCUCUCACUCCUUAAAUGAAAUGUGUCCUGGAAAGGAAAUAAACAAGGAAGGAGGAUAGGAAGGAAGAAAUGAGAGAGGGCAGAAGAGAUUAUUUAAGGCAAAAAAAACAAAACAAAACAAUGAAGAACACAGUUUUAAAAUACUAAGGUCAGCUUUUGUACUUUUCCAGGUAACACUGUAUCUUCCAGGUAUUGUGGAACGCUUUUACCGAAACUCAUUUUUUUCCUGAUCUGAUUCAGCUUUACAGUCGACUCUUGGUUGCAGCAUCUCCUUUCGCCACUAGGUUUCCCAUCGGCCUAUCAACGCUCUCCUCGGUGCUUACGACAAAAUCGGGAAGCAGCGAGCUGCUCGCUUUGUUUUGUUUUGGUAGUAGGAGUUGGAGGACCAGAGGAAGGCCGACAGACAGAGGUCCUCGUGGGGCAGACCUGCUCGCUAAAUGGGGAGAGCUAAAUCGGGGAUGGAAGAUGACGAACCGAUAGCUGACGCCUGCGAGAUGCCGAGCUUUAUAAGCAAUUUCGAAGAGGGAAGGGGGAAAUUGUCCCGCAACCAGCCGACAGGAACUUCCAUCGCGGACGGUGAAGUUGAGAUGCCAGUCGGGGGCCUGAACCGAUCUGUCAUCCGUUCAAACUCCCGGUUGUCCCUCGACGGAGGCGACGGGAGGACGUGGAAGAGGAGAGGCGAGGGAGAGAGGGAUGCGGAGGGCAACAACAACAACAACUGCAACAGCGGAGGAGUCGGAGCAGCAGGAAGGAGGAGGAGGGCGAGCGCUGUGGAGGUUCUGAGGAGGAAUUUCGGUGAUACCAAGUCGCCCUCUCGCUGCUUUAGUGCAAAAAGUCGGAUGCAGAGCGGGGUGGAACAUGGAGCCGGGGGAGAAAGUGGUAAUAACGACUGUAAGGACGUGGAUGGAGCAGAAUGUGGUGAGUGUCCAAAGUCGGACGUAGAGACGGGAGGAGCCGGUGGUAAAAACGAGCUGCCUUCAAACGAGUUGACGACUUCAGAUGUUACAGGAGUUAAAUAUUUAAAGGUCAAAGAUAAGUGGCACCCUAAAACUGAAGACGACAACAACACUGUGACUUUAAGUGAGUCGUUUAGUGCCAAAGAGCACGUGUACUGUACGGUAUACUGCAUUGCCAACGACACUCAUCGGACAGAUGCUGAAAUCACGGACCGCUACGACGACGCUGUCACAUCUGACGAAACAGAAACAGACUUGGAGACUGUAAAGGUGGGGGACCAGGACACCGAACCGGUGCUGUACACGCUGGAUGACCUGGUGGACCCGUUCGGGAACAUAUCCCACCGCCUGGAAGGGGUGCAGGCCGGUGCGGAGAGUCGGAUAGAGGAGUGCCGGGUGUGCCUGGAGGAGAAACCCAUCGCAUCCCUGCCGUGCUGCGGGAAGGCCUUGUGUUGUGAGGAGUGUCUGAAAAUCUACGUCAGCUCCCUGGUGAAGGAGGGCAAUGUUGUCAUCAACUGUCCAAUCACGGAGUGUACCGGCACCCUGGAGGAGGGAUUAAUAAUUUCCCACUUGAGCAGGGAAGGGGUGGUAAAGUACCGCUACUUUUUGCAGCUGAGUCAGCUGGACUCGAGCACAAAGCCCUGUCCCCAGUGCAGCCACUUCACCUCUCUGAAGGAAAGCAGCACAAACCGCAACGACCACAAGUACAAGAUCCAGUGCAUCAGCUGCCAGUUUGUGUGGUGUUUUAAAUGCCACGCGCCCUGGCACGAUGGAAUCAAGUGUCGCGAAUACAUCCAAGGAGACAAGCUGCUGCGAACCUGGGCGAGCGUCAUCGAGCACGGGCAGAGGAACGCCCAGAAGUGUCCACGGUGCAAGAUCCACAUCCAGCGAACAGAGGGCUGCGAUCACAUGGCCUGUUCCCAGUGUGGCACUAACUUCUGUUACCGCUGUGGAGAGCGUUACCGAAGCCUCAGAUUCUUCGGGGACCACAAUUCCAACCUCAGUGUGUUUGGCUGCAAGUAUCGUUUCUUCCCUGACAGGCCCCACGUCAGGCGGCUACUUAGAGGCUCUGUCUUUGCUGCUAAGUCGCUGUUAGCUCCGCUGGUGUUCGUGCUGAUGAUAGUAGUCGGAGCUCUCGCUCUGGUGAUAGGUUUGUUUGUGUUCCCCGUCUACUACUUUUGUAAAAAGAGGAAGAAGGAGCAGGAGCAGCAAACCCGAGGCUCCGGGCGCUGGAUCUAGCCCCCUCCUUUUCGAGGAAAAGGCCGACACCCACAUCUCCUCAGGGACGGACGCGCCAGCUUGAGACACGAGAAAACUCAGAGGAAGGAUCAGACUUCACAAAACAAACACGGGCUGCUGGAGUGGCACUUUCUUGGAGCGGAGCGAGCCCUUGACAAUUGCACACCAACACAUGGAGUUUAUUUAUAUUGCAUGAGACCGCUGUUGAAGUAUGAAGGCUGGAUGUCGAAGCAGAAGAGCAACCCAAAUCUAUUUGGACUGAAUUUUGAGGCAACAAGAGCACUGUCGCAUAGUAAAAGAAAAGAAUUGUGGUCAGGUUAUAGCACACGCUCUCCACGUUUGUUUUUAUUAUUAUUAUUAUUAUUAUUAUAACACAAUCCAAAUCGAAAAAUGAAGCUUUUAUGAUUGAAGGAAGCUCAGGGAGUGCUGGAUAAACAAACUUUCCAUACACACUACGUGGGGAUAAAUGCCAUAAUUAAUUCUUGGCUUUGAAAAUGCAUUUGUACAGUUCUCAGGUUGUCAAGCAGCCCAACUACUGGCUUAAUUCUGGACCUUUUUUUUUUCAUAUCAGAAAAAGGUUUUAUAAUCAGAUGAGGCAGAGACUGAGCUUGUCCGGUCUUAAUUAUAAGAAGUGUCUUUGGAGGAUUCAGGACGAGGCUUUUAAACCUCUGGACUGGUAAAGGAACAAUUCACAAUCAUUAUUAAAGGCCUACAAUUAAAUAUUUCAUGCAGGACAGCGACGAUUGUAUGUAAGCGUCUGACAAGAGCCGUCGGAGAGCAGCAGAGACGGGACAGACAAAUUAUCCUCAACGCGUUUUGCUAAUCUAGUCAGGAACGAAAAGUUUUCACUGCGAUUUCAGUCUCACACGGAGGAAGGUGCUGUGAAAAGAAGUCUAGUGAUACAUGAGAUAAAUUUGGAUCCUAGCUUCUCGCGGGUGUGUGCGCCCAGUUCUAGAAAUUGAGGUUGAGUCCUAAUGAAAAAAGCGGCAACCCCUUCCACCUGGUUUGUGCCCCGUCUGUCUUUCCAUCCCUGCUUUUGGCUCUGAUACCAGACGUCAUCCCCGCUCCGCCUGCUUUCCGUGUCAUCAAAAAACAACUACAGAAAAAAAAAAAGGUGGCUGUGCCAAAGCAAAAUGCUGAAUGUGGUGCAACAUUACAAUUGAUCUGGUCCCUGCGUUGUUUUGUUAUCUUUUCGGGUUUAGCGUGUUUUGUACUGUUGCUCUCCCACUGUUGCAUUCAUGCUGUCUGAAACUUUUUCACAUUUUCUCAUGUUACUAAAUGCUAAGGAGAGGAAAAAUGAUAGAUGGUUAUAGUUUAACACAAGUGUGGCAUGCAUUUAAAGUCUACUUUGUCAGGCUGUGGUACAACAGAUUGUCUUCAGUCAGAGGCUUCUUCAGAUCUGCUGUAACACAGACUGCUUCAAGAGAUCCUUCCUGCCCACAGCCAUCAUCAUCUGCAGUAAAUGUCUGGAGAAACAUAGAUAAUAUGAGUCACAACAUUCAUUUUCCCUUUGAAAUUAAUUAUUUUAUUAAUAUUAAUUGACACUGUAUUUUACUUAUUGGUAUCAGGCUGAAAGGGCUAGAGGCAAAUGUCUGCCACCUUUUUCAGAUUUUCUUUUAUACAUUGUUGUCUUCUUAACUCAAACUCGGCUACCGGAUGCUUGCUGCGGGUCUAUCCCAUGAAAUCAAAAAUAAAAUAGCUUGACAAAAUGUGAAAAAGUUCAAUGGUUCUGUAGUUGUACCUCCUGGGGAGACGAAUUUAAAGGUCGCAGAUGAAAAAGUGCAGAAAAUGAUAAAAAACAAAGAUACUGUCCUUUCUAUUUAUCUUGUGCAGCCUGGUUUAGUGCUUAUCAAUGAGUUCAACAGGGUUCUGUGUAAAGUUAUUAUUUCUAAGAUAGUCAGUUUUCAUAGUGUGUGAGAUGUGAUCCAGAAGGACUUGGUUCUUUUUGUGAACUUGAAAUAUUUUUUUUAACUUUAAAGGAAGAAUGUAAGAAGGAAGAAUCGAUUUCAAAAGGGUUAAAAGGUCAGCUGACGGUCUCUUAUCGCAGGCUUCUCUCUGAAUUUUAAGGAAGUUUUAAUAAAAAAAAAAAAGAAAAGAAAGGCUAACCAUCUUUAUGCUCCUGAGCCUUAGGUUUCUAUGAACAACAAAAUUAGAGUCAUUCACGCAAAUCCUUUUAACGAUCUGCUUUUGUUUCCUGGCUCUCUCGCGUGGAAUUCACUAAAGAAAGCUGAAAAUUGAUGGCCAAGUUGUGUCGCUGCUCCUGUAAAUCUGUGUCGCGGCACUGAAUCUACACUCGAGAAGGAUUAAUGACAUCAAUUUAAGUAGAAAAGGCAGGAUUUAUCCUUGUGUUCGUCAAACAUUUGUCCGUAAAAAAAAUAAAUAAAAAAAUUUGUUGAGCUUUAUCCCAGGGGACAUGACACGUUUUCUACAUCUGGGGGUGUUAAGAAGUGUCAAAUAAAGUUACACUGUAAUAACAAGAGUUCACAACAUACACUCUUCAUUAUAUCCCUGCACGGUGCUUUCUGUAGUUUUCAGUAGUCCUAGAUAGGUUUGGGUUGAAUCCUCUCUCAGGGAGUUUGUUUUGUGUUCACUGGACCCAGAUCCCAACCCGGACAUUAGCUGUGCCAAAGAAAUUGCUGAACAGCGCCGUGGACUCUGAAUGCUUCCUGGUACGCUUGCCAGCUGCUGCCGCUCUAAACAUAUUGGAUUCCGGGAAGCAAAGUGCACUGCGGCUUCAAAAGGAGAUCAGAGUUGUGUUUUAGCGUUGCCAACGCUCACUCUCUCUCCCAGCCUGACUCAGCUGGAUUGUGAACUCUUUGUUGGGGGUCAGAGGGAUGAAAUCCACGAUUGAAAAGCAGAAUAAUCAAAACAGGCACAUGUGUUCGCGAGACAGAAAUUGGAAACCGUACGACCCUCGUUCCCAUGUAUCUCAAUAAUAAUCGUACUGCUCCACUUAGUUCUGCACUGUCAUGUUUAACAGCUGCUUUUUAAAGGUGUUAUUUAUAAAUGAACGUGUGCAUCUAAAACUGUCCCCCAAACGUUGUAAUUUUCUAGAUUCUUUCUGCAGUCAAUGACAUUGUUUUUUUUUUUUUUGUUGUUGUUUUUUUUCAGUGCCAUUCUACCAGGAGGUUGUCCUUUACAGCGCCUUACAAAAAUUCCCAUACCAAAUUUUUACAAUGCAUUUUACUGGGAAUUCAUGUGAAGACGUCUUCAUAAAAUAUUAAAUAAAAUACACAAAGGUAUAGAGGAAAAAAAAGUUUGAGAGGUAUGAAAACGUUUGCAAAACACCAUGUUUUGGACUUUCCCCACCUCUGAAAUUCUAAUUGUGCUAACUUAGCGCGUGGCCAGAAAGUUAACUGUUAAAAUCGACGUGAAAUUUGAGGAACAAAAACCUGCUUCCUUGGAUAAUAUUUUUCUAUGUGAUUGAUAUUGUAUUUUAUGAUAAAGUUUUUCCCUUGUUUUUGUCGUAGCUGAUACAAAUGAAUCGGGUUAUGGCAUGGCAGGGCUGUGGUAGCUGCCUGCUGAGAUGUAUGUGUAUAUAAUUUCCCAGUAAAGAUGCAAUGUCUGGCAUAAACAGUGCCGUCGUCACGGCUGGAGAUCAGAUUGUGUUUUAGAGAGUUGCAGAAUGUAUCACACCCUGGCCUUUUAUUUUGUAUUUAUUAUAUUAAGCCUUCAUCCUCAACGAAUUAAUACAGUCAUGCAUGAAAAGAUGCUAAAACAUUUCUGUGAAACGCAUUUGGAAUCUUGUAGCUGACUGCUCAGCAAACAAAGGCAAUAAGUUUAGCUGUGACGUCCUAAAACCACAAUCCGGGGUGUAGCCUACAUCCAAAACCUGCCUGUAAAUUUGCACGUUUAACAGUCACUUUAUUUUGGCUCAUGUUUUCCUAACUUGCACUUUGAGCCCUGCCUCAAACAUUAGAUGGUCUGUGAAGGAGGAAGUGUUGCAGAAAUACCUGCUGGCUUUCAAGCAUCAGUUAAUUAAAUGUCUGCAUAUUCGAGCUGCAGGACCUUAGAAGAAAAUGUUGUUGACUGCUAAACCGGUGAAGGUGGAUUGAUCAGUAAUCUCAGGAUGGGAUUUCACCUCUUGGACAUGCAAAUCUGCUGGAACAGUAGCAGUGUGUUUAUAUGUACAUGUCACUGUUUUUUCCAGGUAUCUCUUUACAAAGACAUGUUAAAGAUAACCCCCCCCAAAAUGCUGCCACUGUCAAAGAUUAUCUGCUGAUAUUACUGUUGCUAUCUUAGCAAAGGCACAAACACUCUUUUAUCAAAGAAUCUGAAGGACAAUAAACAAAAUGCCAAAUGUG